AUGCCGCUGGUCCGCUACCGGAAGGUCGUGAUCCUGGGAUACCGCUCCGUGGGUAAAACCUCUCUUGCUCACCAGUUCAUUGAUGGAGAAUUUCUGGAGUGCUAUGACCCCACGGUGGAAAGCACUUACAACAAAAUGUUGUCAUUAGGGAAGGAUGAAUUCCACCUGCAGCUAGUGGACACCGCAGGACAGGAUGAGUACACGAUCCUGCCUCACUCUUUUAUCAUUGGCAUCCAUGGCUACGUGCUGGUGUACUCCGUCACAUCUCUCAAGAGUUUCCAGGUGGUCAAGUCUUUGCACAGCAAGUUGUAUGAAAGCAGAGGGAAGACAAGGAUGCCUGUGGUGCUUGUUGGCAAUAAAGCGGAUCUCUCGCUAGAAAGUCGUCAGGUGAAGACUGAUGAGGGCAAGAAGCUUGCUGAUUCUUGGGGUGCUAUUUUCUUGGAGUCCUCGGCAAAAGAAAAUCAGAUGACUCAAGGUAUCUUCACAAAGAUCAUUGAGGAAAUUGACCGUGUGGACAACUCAUAUGGCGAACAGCGCAGCUGCAUCCUGAUGUGAUGUCCCUGUCCUCACCCGAAGCCGCUCUGCCAGUGGGAGGGGGUGCGUCAGGGUAUUCGGGCCAAGUCAGGACAGGUAUUGCAACUACCUAAGAGCCCUGUACAGCAGGUCUGAAGUAGCUUACGGGUAACCCACACAAGCCGCAAUAUACCUCAUUGCUCGCCCCCUAUAUGAGGCGACCACGUUUUGCACAUUAGUUUGCUGGAAGCAAUCUGUAUGUAUGUAUAUGUAUUUGCCAAAUGUUUACAGAACUUGGGAGGGCAAGCGCACAACAGGAUCUAUUUAUGUUUGUUUUUUGAUGGAGGGACUCUUCUGUAUAUUUAUAUUGAAGUAUAAUCCAUAUACGCACAAGUUUACACGUGCCCGUUCACUACUUG